CAUAUCAAUGCAGCUGAGAUUAAAGUUACAUACUUUUUUCCCAAUCAUACGAGAACUGGUUCAAGUUCUACCACAGUAUAAUUUGUCGUGUAAACCUGCUUCGCCUCCCUGCUACUUGGCACCAGGGUUUGUGCCGUUAGUUGGCUCUAUCCCCGCAUUGCCGAGUCAUUUGGGCUGAGUCAAGGUGGAAGACAAGCUCAAGACUACCGAGGCAAAGUUUAAUGCAGGAACGAGGCAGGUUUAAGCGGACCACCGCGAUAUGAUAAAUAAACCUAAAAUCUCUUGAUAAUUAUUGUUUUUUGUUAUCCCAUCUCCAAAAGACUCACUCAGUUUUAGAUUAAUCCAUAAUCAUGCUCUUCAGCCGCUUCACCAUCUCCGCCCUGUGCGUUGGCGCCGGACUCGCAGCGACCACCAGAGAUGUCUCUCUUGCUCAGGGACAGGCAGCUGUCGUAGCUCUCAAGAGCCUCCAGGAAGAUGUUACCGCAAGCGCUGCGCUCAUCAAGACCAACGUCGCGAAGAUUGGGCCAUUCUCCCAGCCUGCCGAUAUUGCGGCCCCCGUUGCCGCCAUCAAGGAAGCGUUUGUUGAGAUUGUUGCUUCGUUCAAGAAUGCCACCGAUGCCAUCAAGGCCGGUGCCGCCCCAGUUGGAGCCCGCCAGCUCCCCACCGACCCAACUGCCAUCGCUACCGAAAUCGCCGGUAUCGUCAACAACAUUGCUGGCACUCUCCUCGGCCUCUUCCUCUCUUUCUUGGGCACGGUCACAGCUUCCAAGCUCUGGCAAGAAAUCAGCAACCCUCUCCUUCAGGCUUUCACCGAUGUCAUGAGCACCCUCGAGACGAUCCCUGGCCUCAAUGUUGUCUUGGACAUUGCCAGAGGUAUCCUGAACAGCAUCCCAGUCCCAGGUCUUAACAUGCCCGGCUUGUAAGACUACAGUCACAGGAUAUGCUGGGAGUACUGCGCUGGUUAUUUGUUCAGGCGAGGUGAAAGCUUUCCCAUUUUUAACUAUAUUAAGUCGGCUUUAUGCCAAUUAUUUAGUUAUGAGAAUUGUUUGUACAUAAUACAACUACAUAUUUUGCC